GAGCGCCGAGCUGGGGCGGCGGGAGGCUGCGCGGGAGCACCCGGUUGGUCCGGCCCGAGAGGGCCCGAGGCGGACGUGAGAAGGGUCGGACCAAGAUGGCGGUGCAGGUGGUGCAGGCGGUGCAGGCGGUGCAUCUCGAGUCUGACGCUUUCCUAGUCUGUCUCAACCACGCUCUGAGCACAGAGAAGGAGGAGGUGAUGGGGCUGUGUAUAGGGGAGUUGAAUGAUGACACAAGGAGUGAUUCCAAAUUUGCAUAUGGUGGAACUGAAAUGCGCACAGUUGCUGAAAAGGUUGAUACCGUCAGAAUUGUUCAUAUUCAUUCUGUCAUCAUCUUGCGACGUUCUGAUAAAAGGAAGGAUCGAGUAGAAAUUUCUCCAGAGCAGCUGUCUGCAGCCUCAACAGAGGCAGAAAGAUUGGCUGAACUGACAGGUCGUCCCAUGAGAGUUGUGGGCUGGUAUCAUUCCCAUCCUCAUAUUACUGUUUGGCCUUCACAUGUUGAUGUUCGUACACAAGCCAUGUACCAGAUGAUGGAUCAGGGCUUUGUAGGACUUAUAUUUUCCUGUUUCAUAGAAGAUAAAAACACAAAGACUGGCCGGGUACUCUAUACUUGCUUCCAAUCCAUACAGGCCCAAAAGAGCUCAGAGUCCCCUCGUGGUCCACGAGACUUCUGGAGCUCGAGCCAGCACAUCUUCAUUGAGGGCCAGAAGGAAGAGGAAAGGUAUGAGAGAAUUGAAAUCCCAAUCCAUAUUGUACCUCAUGUCACCAUCGGGAAAGUGUGCCUUGAAUCAGCAGUAGAGCUGCCCAAGAUCCUGUGCCAGGAGGAGCAGGAUGCAUAUAGGAGGAUCCAUAGCCUUACACAUCUGGACUCAGUGACCAAGAUCCAUAAUGGCUCAGUGUUUACCAAGAAUCUGUGCAGUCAGAUGUCAGCAGUCAGCGGGCCUCUCCUACAGUGGUUGGAAGACAGACUGGAGCAAAACCAACAGCAUUUGCAAGAGUUGCAAAAAGAAAAAGAAGAGCUUAUGCAAGAACUUUCUUCUUUAGAAUAAAGCAGGAGACAAACGGGGAAAGAUGGAAAUAUCCAUUGUGAAAUUAAUUAAGCCAAAUUGAUUUUGAAGAAGAAAAAGUUGGAGGACUAGCAUUACUGGACUUCAAGACCAACUUGAAUGCUGUAGUAAUCAAGAUAGUAUGAUACUGGCAGAGGAAUAGACACACAGAUCAAUGGAACAGAAGGGAGAACCCAGAAAUAGACCCAUAGAAAUAUGUCCAACUGAUUUUGACAAAGUGUAAAAGCAAUUCAAUGGAGGAAGAGUAGCCUUUUCAAUACAUUAUGCUGGAACAAUUGGACACUCAUAGGCAAAAAAAAAAAAAAAUCCUCAUCCUAAACCUUACAUCUUAUAUGAAAUUUAACUCAAAAUGUGUAAUGGGCUUAAAUGUAAUACAUAAGACUAUAAAACUUAGAGAAAAAAUCACAGUAGAAAAAUCUUCAGGAUCUUGGGCUACUUUACAAGUUCUUGGACUUCAUCUGAAAAGUGCAAUCCAUAAAAGGAAAAAAUUGAUGUGUCAGACUUCAUCAUCAUGAUUUUAAAACUUGCUCUGUAAAAAAUUUAAGAAGAGGAGAAGAUAAGCAACAGAUUGAGAGAAAUUAUUAUCCGGCCAUAUAUCGGAUCAAUCUGGAAUAUACAGAGUAUGCAUAAAAAUAAUAAAAACAAACAAUCCAAUUAGAAAAUGGGCAAAAUACGUGAAUAGACAUUUCACUAAAGAGGAUAUAUGUCUGGCAAGUAGACACAUGAAAAGAUGUUGAACUCCAUAAGUCAUCAGGGACUGCAAAUUAAAAACACAAUGAGAUAUGACUUAUCAGAAUAGUUAAAGAAAAAAUAGUGAAAAUACCAAAUGAGGAUACAAAUUGGAUCUCUCAUACAUUGCUGACAGGAAUGUAAAAUGGUACAGUCACCCUGGAAAAACGUUUAGAAAUUUCUUAUAAACGUAUAUUUAGUAUGUGAUCCAGUAAUUACACUCCUAGACAUUUAUUCCAGACAAAUGAAAACCUAUGUUGGCACAAAAACUGUGCACAAAUGUUUGUAGCAGCUUUAUUUGUAUAGAUAAAAACUGGAAAAGCCCCAGAUGUCCUGUAACAGGUAAAUGACUAAACAAACCAUCUAUCCCUUGAAGUACUACUAUGCAUGAAGAGCAACUAUGGAUACAACUUGGAUGUACUUUGGGGGUAUUCUGGUGAUUGAAUAAAGCCAGUCUCAAAAGGUCACGUAUACUGUACAGUUGCAUUUAUGUAACAUUCUUGAAAUGACAAAAUUAUAGAAAUGAAGAACAGAUGAAUGGGUGCCAGGGACAGGGACUGAAUGUGAUGUGGGAUAGGUUUGAUUAUAAAGGGAUUCCUCUGUGCUAAUGAAAUAGUUCUAGAUCUUGAUUGUGGUGUUAAGUACGUGUGAAUCUAUACCUGUGCUAAAAUUGUAUAUACCUACAUACACAAAUGAAUGCAUGUCAAAUCUGAUGGAACUGCAUAGUCCGUAGUCUAGUUAGCAGUAUUAUACCAUUGUCAAUAUCUUAGAUAUGAAGUUGUACAACUACCGGAGGAAAUUGGGUGAAGGGUACAUGACACUCUCUGUACUAUUUUUGCAACUUCCUUAAGUCUAUAAUUACUGCAAAAAUAAAAAGUUAUGUUUUAAGUAAG